AUGAUGCAUGAAUUUUCCAAAUCACCUACACCUUGUAUCCCACUCGGAUAUAAGCCAUCAGGUAUACUGUUACAUCCUUCAACGUCAACUGUUUCAAAUGUUGCAAUUGAUCCUAUUACUUUGAUGAUAAAUGAUUGUAUGACUAUAUCCUCAGCCAUGAGGAAAAUGACUAGAUGGUCUCAAAGUGGAGUUGCCGCCAUCUUGGGCGCAGGCGAUAUUUUUGGUGAAAACGAUUCCAUAACUAACUUGGGCCUAAGCACUAACAUGGCGAAUAAUGGAAGUAGUCGAUCAACAGGAAUCAAUGACAAUCCACUUUUAUCCAGUUUUUUACAAUUGAGAUCGAUGUUAACGGACGCCAAAGAUUUAUAUGAAAUAGAUAGCUUGACCUUGCUACAACCGUUUUUGUUGGUAAUCAAGUCGUCGUCUACCUCAGGAAAUAUUACUUCGUUGGCUUUAAAUUCGAUUUCUAAGUUCAUAAGUUAUGAAAUCAUUUCGUUUAAAUCCAAAAAUUUACAAAGUUCAUUAAUUCAAAUAAUCUCAGCAUUAACACAUUGUCGUUUUGAAGCGGCUGAUCAGAGCUCAGAUGAUGCUGUAUUACUUAAAGUCCUAAGAUUGAUGGAAGAUAUUCUUGAAAGUCCCUUGUCUAAACUAUUACCAAAUGAAGUGAUUUCAGAAGUAGUCCAAACCUGCUUGUCUCUUGCUUGCAAUAAGAAACGGAGUGAAGUUUUAAGAAAGGCUGCAGAAAUGGCAAUGACCCUGAUCACCUCCCAUAUAUUCCGUCAAUUGAAGGAUAUCGAACCUGAAACUGUGGGAAUAGAUGAUUUGCAAACAAAUUUUUCUAAAACUCAGUUGCCGGAAGAUUUGAUCGGUGGUACUGAAACAACCACUUCUAACUUGAAAGAUGAUGAAGAAGUUACGAAUAGCAAUGUAGAAGAUAAGAAAACAGAAGAUGGAGAGCUCAAUGAAAAUACUGUCGAGGAAAAUGAUCAACAAGUUGUAAGCCCAAAAGAAAAUUCUAAUUCUGAGAAUCAUAAAGAAGCCUUGGAUACUGAGGAACCAUUCGGUAUAAUUUGCAUUAAUGAAUUUUUAGGGAUAUUAAUUUCAAUGAUCUCUCCUUCGAAUCAAUAUCAGCAUAUGGAAAGCACUAGAGUAUUUGCUUUAUCAUUGAUGAAUACUGCGAUUGAGGUUUCAGGUCAUGAUAUUCCAAAACAUCCAUCAUUAAUGAGUUUGGUAUCUGACCCUGUGUCAAAACAUGUUGUACAAAUAAUGACGACGACUGAUUCACCAGCAUUAUUGCAAGCUUCAUUGCAACUAUUCUCUACCAUUGCAAUAGUUUUAGGGAGGCAAUUGAAAUCACAAAUUGAAUUAACCCUUUUGUUAUUAUUUAAUUCAAUAUCUCCAGAUUCUGUUGAAAAGAAUGAUACCAUUAAUGGUAAUGAAACAUCUGUUGCUACGAGAAUCUCCAGUUCAAAAGAAAUGCUCAUUGAAUCGUUAUCCUUGUUGUGGACAAGGUCUCCGGUCUUUUUCACCCAUCUAUUCAUCGAUUAUGAUUGUAACUUUGAUAGAACUGACUUGUCUAGAAACUUUUUGGAAUUUCUAUGCAAAUUAUCAUUACCUGAGUCCGCGGUUCUCACGACUGAUAAUGUACCUCCAAUAUGUUUAGAAGGAAUAUUAACAUUUAUUGGCGGGAUAAAUGACAGAAUUAAGAGUUUACCUAUGGAUAAGGAGUUAAGUGAUUUGCAAUUACAUUCAUUAAUUUUAGAUAAAUAUAAAAAGACCUCAUUCAUUAGCUGCACUGAUAUUUUGAAUAAUAAGCCAAAAGCGGGAAUCAAAGAACUAGCUGAGAAAGGCUUUAUUAACGAUGAAAAUGAUGCGGAUGAAUUAGCGCACUUUUUCUUUUCAAAGUCUGGAAGAUUGAACAAGAAAGUUUUAGGUGAAUAUUUAGCUAAACCAUCAAAUACCGAGAUUUUGAGGAAAUUCAUUAAUAUGUUUGAAUUUACUAGUUUGAGGGUAGAUGAGGCGCUAAGAGUUUUAUUGAAAAGUUUUAGACUUCCUGGAGAAUCACAACAAAUUGAAAGAGUGGUCGAGCUUUUUGCUGAAAGAUACGUUCAUUGUCAAGAAAAUGUAGUAAGUGAUUCAGAAGAAGAAGCAGUCAAGCCAGAUCGUGAUGCAGUAUUUGUUUUAUCCUACUCGGUUAUUAUGUUGAAUACUGAUUUACAUAACCCUAAGGUUAGACAACAAAUGGAUCUUGACGCAUAUAAGCGUAACUUGAGAGGAGUUUAUAAUGGAAAGGAUUUUCCGAGUUGGUAUCUUUCUAAGAUUUAUCAUUCCAUAAAAGAAAGAGAGAUAAUCAUGCCUGAAGAACACCAUGGUACGGAUAAGUGGUUUGAUGACGCAUGGCAUAACUUGAUUUCCUCAGAAGCAGUUAAUAUAGAUAAAGAUGAAACUUUAGAAUUUGACAAUGUCCAAUUAUGUCAAUUUGAUAAGGUAUUAUUUGAAGGAUCUGUUGAUAGAAUUAUUGAUACCUUAAUUAGUGUGUUCAAAGAAGCUUCUGACGACCAAAUUAUUACAAGGUUAAUGUCAUCUGUUGAUAAAUGCGCUAAUAUUUGUUUAUACUACAAUUUGUCAUCUUCAAUCGAUAAAUUGGUUGGCUUAUUAGCUGAGCUAACAACAUUAACUAGUGAAAUCCAUCAUGUUCCUAGCGCUGAUGAUAAUGUACGCGAAGAGAUCCCUAUCACACAGAUAAAAGUUGAAAAGAAAGAUGAAGCAAUUACAGUUAGUGAAAUGGCAGUAUGGUUUGGAAGAGAUUUCAAAGCUCAAAUUUCAACAGUUGUCUUGUUUAGGUUAAUUAAAAAGACUGAUUUUAAAGUUACUGAAUCUUGGAAUAAGAUUAUUAAAAUUAUCUUAACAUUAUUCGAGAACUGCUUAAUCAAUCCUAACUUUUUCACAGAAUUUCAGAAAAAGAUCAAGUUAAAUCCGUUAGCAAAGGUUAAGCCGCGUUAUAUUAUUAACAGAAUUAAGCCAUUGAAGGAUUCGGGUAUCUUUUCAACUUUCUCUUCGUUUUUGAAAGGUUAUUCAGACGAUCCACCUGAACCUACUGAUCAAGAAGUUGAAUCAACUCUUUCGACUAUUGACUGUGUUAAGUCCUUAAAUAUUCGUAGCAUUUUUGAAAAUAUUUCGAAAGGUCCUAAAGACAACUUAAAGCUAUUCAUAGAACUAUUGUUGGAUUCGAUCCCCACAUUCAAGGAAGAAACAAAGAGAUACUUUGAAAUUGAGAACUUGUUCUUAUUUGAAAUUGUGGUGUGUUUCUGCUUAUUACUUGACGAUAAGUCUAUCACUAAUUCCACACUCGACAAGAUCGCCCUUUUCGGUGGCUUAAAAGAUCUUUCAAGAAAAGCUAAGUUGAGAGUCUGUGCAUACAAAUUAUUGUUAAUCAGACAUAGUGAUGGGUCUCAUGAAUCUACCUUAACUGAAUGCAUAAAAGAAUUAAGUGAAUUUGAUAAAGAACUAAUGAGUAAACAUGGUGCACAGUUAGCCCAACCAUUGAUCUCAUUAGUUGACGAUGAAUCAUGGUUUUGCAAGAAAUUGGUUAAUAAUGAAGAGUACUGGAAGGCUUUGAGAGUAUUUGGAUCUAUUCCAAUAUACUCUUCUGAUGUGCUUAAAUUUGUUGAUGGUAUAAUUUCAAAUUCACCUAGGGAAGUAUCACCGUUAAAUUAUAUGCCUCUUCUUGGUCUAUUAGACGAAAUAUCCUCUCUUGGCGCAGCAGGUUCCCAGUGGGAACAAGAAACAGAACAAUUAGCUGUAUCUGGACAGAAACAAGAAGAUGACAAUUCGUAUUACAGGGAUCUUGUUGAAAUUUCAAAGAAGUCUAUAUCGUUAACGGCUGAAUUAAACUCAAUUUCCAAAAGACCUGAGUUCAAUCAAAAGGACCUUUCAUAUUCUUUAAUUCAAGCUUUAGCUCAUCAAUGUUUUAAUCCUUGUCGAGAGGUUCGUACCUAUGCAAUCAAUACUUUACAGCUGACUGUUCUAUCCUCUGAAAUUAAUGAUAAAUUCACCCCAGCUGGUAUUUUUGAAUAUGGCUUAUUCCCAUUAUUAUCCGAACUUUCUAAGAAUGAAGUUUUGCAAACUGAUCCAAACGGAUUUGCACGGACUCAGACAGAAGCAUUAUCUUUAGUAAGUAAAGUUUUCUUGAAGUAUGAGUCCCAGUUUGAUCUGGAAGGAACUGAUAGAAUAUGGUUAGGAAUUUUGGAAUAUUUCAUUGUCUUUAAUUCCUUAGGUGAAAAAUUUAACAUGAACGAAAACUUGAUUAAGGAAUCUGGUGGAGAAUUGCUUAAAAAUAUGAUUUUAGUAUUGCAAAAUAACGGUAUAUUGACUGAUAGCAAGAGUGAAUUAUGGAAAACUUCUUGGGAAAAAAUUGAACAGGUUUACCCUGAUUUGAAGGAUGAAUUAGUUCUUGAAAAUUCUUCAAAAAUAGAGGAAACAAGUUCAGUGAAUGAUGAAGAUAAAUCGACUAAAGAAAUAGAGCGAAAGCAUGAAACAAAUAAACAAGAUGAAAAACAAAAUGAAGUUUCAAAGAAAGAAUCUAAGAAAGAGUCAACAAAAGAGUCAAACGAAGAUCCAAAGGAUGAAUUAAAAUUGCCAGACGAAGAAAAGCACGAAUGCAAAUAA